GUAUCUAAGUUGCUAUUAGUAACAAUGUAAAUACAGAGCGUUAGUUUACAAGAUAAUGGAUGAAAUAGACGGUUAUAUAACCCCAGGAAGUUCACACGGAGGUAAUGCUGAAAAAUUUGGCAAUGAAGUUAAGGAAAAUGGGAAUAAUGACACUUUAAACAAUAAUUCUGACGAAUAUGACGAUGAUAUAGACGAAGAAGAAGAAAUAGAUGAAGAUGAAGAUGAUUCGGAUGAGGUAGUAGCUGUUCAAGAUGGAAUAUUAAAUGACGAUUUCAUGGAAAAGGCUCUAAACCAUCUGGCAACAACAGCGGAAGGAAGCGGUAUAGCGUAUUUACAUGCAACUCUAACAGCUUUAAAUCUGGUUGAUAUCUCUAUCAUUAGUGAGUACAAGCAUUUGCAAAAGAUAGACGUUUCCUUUAAUAAGUUGUUGAACGUUGAGUGCCUGUCUCAAUUACCCCACCUAAUUCACAUUGAUGUCUCUCACAACGAGUUAACAUCCAUAAGUCAACUCCAGAAUAUACGCCACCUACAGUAUUUGAAUGCAUCUUACAAUAACAUUUCAUCCAUGGAGGACUUUUCCCAAAACAUUCUGUUGAACACGCUGAUUAUGGAUUAUAAUCAGAUAAACGUUAUCACUGGAUUAGAAAACAAUAAGCGAUUAAAAUAUUUCAGUGCAGCCCAUAAUUGUAUUGAAUAUAUUGAAGGAGUAGAUUUUUUACCUAUAAAGACUUUAAUUCUAAACCAUAAUAAUAUAUGCCAAAUUACAAAUUUGGAUACAUUAUCUAUGUUAACGAGCCUAAAUCUCUCUUCCAACAAUUUGAGAAGUUUAAAGGGUUUGGACCACAAUGAACUACUUACCAUCCUAGAAGUGGACGAUAAUGAAAUAAUUGAUUUUAGCGAAAUAUCUCGGUUAAAACUCUUAAGAAACCUAAGAUUCUUGACACUUAAUAGGAAUCCCCUUCUACAAUUACCUGAUUAUCGCUUGGCAGUGAUUUAUCGCUUGCCUUUCCUUACAGAAUUAGAUAGGUCUAAGGUAACAAUAAAAGAAAGAGUGGCCGCGGAAAAUUGUCUAAAUCCUCCAAUAGGAGUAAGUUCAGCAAGGGAGCAUGCAAUGCAUACUGUAUAUGCUGUCGCUCAACCGCAAAAAUUAUUGCACUCAACUUUGGUUAACUCGCAAACUCCUUACCCAAUGCUUGUACUCGUCGGACCACAUGCGUCUGGUAAACACCAGCUUGCAAUGCACCUGGUGGAAGAAUUGAAGGAUUAUUUCAAGUUUGCAUUGUCUCACACCACUAGGAAGCCGAGAGACGAUGAAACAAAUGGCGUAGAUUACCAUUUCGUCAGUCUUGAUGAAUUUGAAUCGUUAAUUAAACAAGGUCGUUUGUUACAAACGUAUGAAGAAGAUGAUGCACUUUACGGCUUAACAAUUGAUGCAGUAGAAGAUGUUGCAAAGGAUGGUUUUGCUUGUGUUGCUCAUAUGGAGUUAGAAGGCGUUUUAACUUUGAAAAAGACGCAUUUUGAAGCACGUCUACUUUUGACCAUGCCUGCAUCUCCCUUUGCUCAUGAGAAAAGAAUGCGCGAUAGAGGAGGCUAUUCAGAUGAAUCUAUCGACCGCGUGCUAAAAAGGGCUCAUUCCUACGCCGAAUACAACAGAGAACAUCCAGGUUUUUUCGAUCUAGUUAUUUGUGAUGAUGAGCUUGCGGAUGCCUAUCGGCGUCUCCGAAGGGUAGUUCUAGACUACUUAGGAAUAGGCGGAGAGGAGUCUCCAUCGGAAACAGUUUCUGCUCUGCAACCAGGUUUCGAUCGUGAGUAUACUUGGGGUGAAACUCCUAUGAGCAGAAAUAGUAUUGGUCAUCUGGAGCGAGAAUCUCGUCAGAGGAGACAGGACAUGGCUAAAGAAGCUGUUCACGGAGGAAAGCUACCACUUUAUGACCGAAUUGCUUCAGAAAGGGCUAAAACGGUACCACAAUUAGCAACAGAACAGGCAUCAGGAUUAGGUGGAGACGAUUUCGGGAAAGAAAUUAGAGUUUACUCGGCUCCGGUUGACAAUCUAGACGCUUUACCGCCAAAUUCGCCCGAUUCAAGUGAAUUAAGUAGUGAAGGAACUUCUUCUUUUGGAGAUCUGAGUGAAGCUCGUCAAUCAGACACCAGCAGUAGAUCAGACGACAAUAUUGACCUAAUAAAUAAUGACGAAGAUAUAAUCGAAAAGGUGGAUAGACUGGAUUUAUAUUCAGGGUCACAUCACACUAUGUCGGGUACUUUACCAGCUCCUCGACCUCCAUCAGCUGGUCGACCUGGUUCAAAUACGUAUCCAGUGUUACCACCUAUCUCAUCUCCCCCUGUACCCUCUUUGUAA